UCCCUGAAUUGAUUAAAAGAACCACACAGGGACAUAUCGCUGCGAGGAAUUUAGUAGGCGCAGACCAUACUGGACGUGCUCUUGAUGUAUGAUUCGAAGUUCAAUCAGACGAUAGAGAAAUUCAGCCCUGAAUGAAUACAGUUGUUGAAUCAACUCAGAGUCCUCGUUGUUCCGUGCCCUAGAACACUUGAACCAAGCAACCUGGCAAAUCACCAGUAGGCUUCAUGGCAUCGUAUUCGCCUCUCCGAAUACACGAUCUAGAGCAUCAACAUGAAAACUCUGAAGACGCUAUUCUCCUCCCCAGCAAACACAUCAUCUCCGAGCACCGCACCGUAGACCUCCCGUCUAAAUGGCUAGCUUGGGCCGCACUGGGACACUCUGUUCUUUGUGCAUAUGCAUUGUACCACUGCCUCUGCCUAUGUUUGCGGGUGGCAUGAUGCCCAUGAGUUCAACGUUAGCCAAACCAGUUCCCAGGUCUGGAAUUGGUUGGCGACCUUCGGCAACAGCAAAAGGGUGCGCAGAUUCAGUGAUUCAUACUGUCAUGAACAGACCCCACAGGUGUAAGCAGCACCAAUUAGACGUACUUUCCAAGUGCCAUGAUACAGUAAACAAAGCCUUACCUAAUAAAAAAAUUCGUACGUCAUACUCAGCUACAGCGUAAGUGAAUCUCCGUGACCUGAAGUAACUUACCAAGGUCAUUUGUAUUGU